CGCCAGACGCAGGCUAUCGGCUCACUCUCUGGUGGUUGGAUGAUGAAGCUCACCCUUGCUUGCGCCAUGCUCUUCAAGGUCGACAUUCUCCUACUUGAUGAACCCACUGUUCACUUGGACGUCAUCAACGUCGCUUGGCUCGAGAGCUACUUCACCAGCCUUACGCACUGUACUUCCAUCAUCGUCUCGCAUGAUCGUGGGUUCUUGUCUUGUCAGCAAAAGCCUCAAGGAGGGCGGCGAAGAGGACGGAGUUAA